GUCGCCGGCCACCCUAAAUCCUGCUAGUUUUACGUUUAGACGUGGGCCAGGGGUGACAGAGUAUGGUAAAGAAAGCGUGAACCAAAUAUAAGGGGCCCUUUCAGUUUCUCCGUUUCUCGUCUUCAACUCUUCUGUCCCGCUCUAGCCUUAAAAAUCGUUGCUAUCGCCAAAAGCUGACUGCUUUAUCAUUAUUACUGCUAACAGGUGCUGCAUUCUUCGUCUGGGUUUUCUUAGAUAUGCCGAAGAGGAGGAGAAAGGAGAGUAAGAAGAGUCCAGAGAAAGAACUGGUCGCCGAAGACUGGUGCUUUACGUGCAAGGAUGGCGGUGAGCUGCUUCUUUGUGACAACAGGUAUGCCUAUUCCCCAAUUUUCUUCCUUCCCUCCCUUGUUUUUAUAUCUUUCCAUGGCAGUAAUUUUUCUAAUGUGUCAAAGCCAGCAUUACUCUUACUAUUUUGCAAAAAGACUUGGUGUCAGGGGCGGAGCCAGGACACUGGGCCGAACUGGGCCGGUACAAAGAAUAUUUUUGAAAAAAAAUACACAGAUUUUUUUACACUAAAAAUAUAGAGAUUUUUAAAAUUUAGGCUGGGCCAGGACCAGGGGUGGCCACCCCCUAGCUCCGCCCCUGCUUGGUGUUUUAUUUUAAGAAGUGGCCUAUCUUUUCAAGGUCAAUCAAUGGACCCCCCUGAUAAUAAUAAUCUAUAUACUCUGCCACUGUGGACUUCAUUCCUGAAAGAGCCAACUCUCAGGUUCUAGAUUAAAAGAAAGGGCUCUUUUUGAGACAUGCAUGGUUGUACUUGUCUGCUUGUGGACUGACCAGAAAAGGAGCCACGCUCUAUUGGUGUGUGAAUUGACAUUUUUAGGCUGUUCACUCAUUAGAAAAGUUUCAGAGCAUGAAAACUUGAGAUGCCUCUUGAAGUCUGAUCACGCAUGAAGGAAUCUACUAACAGACAUAUCUUUUUUUGCACCCAGAUCUUGGUUGUAUAUUUGUAAUCUAGAGAUUUCUAUACCUCUUUCGUUUUCUUAAAUUUAAUGUACAAUGAAUUAUCCUAGUCAUUCAGUAUCACUUAAGCCAUUUAUAGAGGUGUUGGGAAACCUUAGGAUGCUUCCAUUGUAAUGUGGGAGUGUUGGUAUAUAUGCUCUCCAUCUAUUAAAGGCAGUGUGUAAAAGCCUACCAUCCAGAGUGUGUAGGGAAAGAAUAUUCAGCAUUGACAAGUAACCAACGCUGGAUGUGUGAUUGGCACUCCUGUUUGAUUUGUGGUAGAUCUUCAAUCCUCCAUUGUUAUUGCUGUCCAAAUGCAGUAUGUCGCAAGUGUUUUAAGCAUGCAAAAUUUGUCCGGGUUAAGGAUAAGCGUGGAUUCUGCAAUAAUUGUCUAAAGCUAGCAAUACUUGUAGAGGAAAAUAAGGAUGUUGAUUCUGAAGGGGAAAGUGUAGACUUAAAGGACCGGGAAACCUAUGAGGGCCUGUUUAGAGAGUAUUAUGAGAUUAUCAGGGAAAGUGAAGGACUUGAUUUAGAUACUCUCCGUGCAGCUAAAAUCCGACUAGACCUGGACAAAAGUGAUCUAUCAUCAUCUGACGCUGAUGAACCUGCUGAUGUAGGUGAAGAUGGAAAGGAUCAAUGCAUCCUUUCUGAUGAUGAUGAUGAUGAUGAACACCCAUAUGAAUGGGGAGGGAAGAAGUCUGGACAAAAAAAGAAGAAAUCAGAAUCGCAGAAAGCCAGUUCUAGGAAAAAGAAGAAACCCAAAAAAAUGGUAUUUAGUGGUUGGGGUUCUGACGCUCUCAUAUGUUUUCUUAAAUCAAUUGGUGAGGAAACUAAACAAGAGAGGAAACCUGAUGAUGUGGAAAGGGUUAUCCUUCGAUAUGUAAAAGAAAACAAGCUCACUCAUCCUACUAAGAAAAGGAAGGUCAUUUGUGACUAUAAACUGCAAUCCUUAUUACAGAAGAAGGAGAUCAACAAAAACAGAAUACCUAAGCUCAUUGAAUGUCAUUUUGCUCUGAACGAAGAGGAGUCGGAGGAUGGUGAUAUUUUCAAUGUAGAUGGUGAUGAGAAAAACACGCCGACCAGUGACCUGGAAACGGAGAAUCAGUCAGACAACGAUGAUGCUCUCAAGAAGGAAGGGUUAGUAGCCAGUAUACUUCAGAGUAAAUAUGCUGCCAUAAUUCCAGAAAACAUUAAACUUGUUUACUUGAAGAAGAGCUUGGUGCAUGAGUUAUGCAAACAACCUGAUGCAUUUGAAGAAAAGGUGAUAGGGUGCUUUGUUCGGUUCAAGUCGAACCCAAAUGGUUUUCACCGUCGGAACCUGUAUCAACUUGAGCAAGUUACAGGCAUCAGAAGUGCUUCCCUUGGUGAAGAAAAAAGUGACAUUAUGCUUUCUGUUUCAAAUAUGCCGAAUGAUAUUUGCUUAAGCAUGCUCUCGGAUGCUGAUUUUUCUGAGGAGGAAUGUGGAGAGUUACUAAAUAAGGUGAAAGCUGGGCUGAUAAGCAAACCUGUUUUGGUUGAACUACAAGAGAAAGCAAGCAGUCUUCACAAGGAUAUAACCAAGCAUUGGCUUCCCAGGGAGAUUAAUAGACUGCAGAACCUCAUCAAUUUAGCGAAUGAGAAAGGAUGGAGACGCGAAUUAUAUGAGUACUUGGAAAGGAAGCAGAAGCUGGAAAAUUCGAAAGAAGUGUCUCGGCUAUUAGAAAUACUCCCUGUGGUUAUUCCAGAUUCAGGAGAUCUUGACAGUCCAUCUGAGGAAUAUGAGGAAACUAACAUUGGCAAAAAAGUAGCACCAUCACAAAAAUUAACACCUUCAGUGGUUACAACAGGACUGCCCGUAUUCAUGACUUCUGAAGAAAAGGAGCAUAACAGAACUGAGCAGCCUCUCCAGAUACCUGCAAAUCAAGAACUAAACAAAUUAAAUCCUUGCCAACACAAAAAGGAGCUCAAAAAACACAUAAAUGAUCUCCCUUCCAUGGAUCAUCUGCUUCCUUCACAUGGAAAUGAAAAGCCAAACCAGCAGACAGACUAUGAUGUCAAUCUGGAAACCGUAAAACCUCACAUGUGUGCAAUGGCUGAUGUCAUUAAACCUGGUGAUGAGAAGCCCCAAGUUUGUGAUGGGGAAGAGAAUGAUCAGCACACGAAUAUUGUCACACAGGUAAACGAAGCAAUUCACAAGGAUGAUAUGAUUACAGAUGAAAAGGCAGAGGUGGUUGGGAGCGAGGACCGGGAGGAACUGGAAAGGAGGCGUCACAGUUAAAGGUUUGGAAGGAAGGGCAGAGUGAGGAAGAUGCAACUCCAUUGAAGGAUGCUGUUAUGCUGGCUUUUCCCAAGGUGUUGAUCAUCAGCCCUUUUCCCUUUGAAUGUUUGUUAGUAGCCCCCCCCCCCCCCCCCCAUAAUUGAGGCUUUUGUGCAGCAAGACUUUUAAGUUUUAUGGUACCCUUGAAUCCUUUUUUGUUUAUAUUGCUAUGGUUACCUGAUUUUACUUUCUGGGAAGUGCUCCAUCUUAAACUUUCUGGGAAGUGCUGAUUCUUCUAUGUUAAUGUUCAGGAGUAAUUA